UCUUAUAAACCCAUGGCAUGGCCUCCCUCAUCUCUCUCUCUUGAAACGCUCUCUUUCUCUCUCUAAAAAACACAAAGAAGAAGAAGAGACACUCUCUUGAGUCUCUCUUCCUUUUGUUUUCAAAACAAACCAAACUUCACUAGUCAGUUUCUGGAUUUGAGUUAUCUUUCUUUCUUCUGUUGGUGCUUUCGAUACCCUUCUUUUUAAUUCUAAGCAAAGAAAGAAAGAAGAGAGACAAUGGCAACUGUUAAUGGGUAUCAAGGGAAUACUCCGGUGGCUGCUCCGGCGGGGACUACGCCAGCAAAACAGACUGUCACAGCAGCAAAGAUUGUCGAUACGCAAUCCGUGCUUAAACGGUUGCAAUCUGAACUGAUGGCAUUGAUGAUGAGUGGAGAAUCUGGGAUAUCUGCCUUCCCUGAAGGGGACAACAUAUUUUGCUGGAAAGGAACAAUCAAAGGCAGCAAAGAUACAGUUUUUGAAGGAACAGAAUACAAGCUAUCCCUUUCAUUCCCAAAUGACUAUCCUUUCAAGCCUCCAAAAGUCAAGUUUGAAACCAGCUGCUUCCAUCCCAAUGUGGAUAUCUAUGGCAACAUUUGCUUGGACAUUCUUCAGGAUAAAUGGUCAUCUGCCUAUGAUGUGAGGACAAUAUUGCUAUCUAUCCAAAGCCUGCUUGGAGAACCAAACAUCAGUUCACCUCUAAACACUCAAGCAGCACAACUUUGGAGUAAUCAACAAGACUAUAGGAAAAUGGUCGAGAAGUUGUACAAGCCUCCAAGUGCUGCUGCUUAGAUGGAAGAGGGGUCCAAAAGUAGUAGUAUGUGGUUUGAAUUUCCCUCUUCCACAACUAUAGCUUUUACUGUACUGACUCAAUGGAAAAUGAAUUGAUGGAUCAGAUUUUUCUUGCCAUCUACUCCUUCUGCCUUGCAUUUUGAGAGAUAGUAAGAACAGGGGAAUUUUGUUCUCAAAAA